UCCGGGAUUGAAUUUCUCAUGCUUCUACAAGUUCAUCAGCAAGGUCUCAAAUCUCAUCAGGAACGCUGGGUAUUGCAAUUUGUGGAAAAGAACUUCAGGAAUUGUUGGAUGUAAAUACAUAAUUUUAGAAAUGUUCCUCUAAAAUCUCCAUAGAGGUGUAGGUGUAAGAAUUAGUUUCUGUAUAUGCAAUUAAUUUCAAAGUGAGUUAGGGGUAGAAGUUACAGGAAAAUGAAUGAAGAAAACACACUUUUGGAUCGGAUAAUUUUUAAUCCGGUUUUGUGUGAGAACUGGAAAUACAUUAUGGAAGGAGCAGCCUAUCACCUUGCUAGUUUCUUCCUCCUCCUUGGCUAUAUGGGAGGUAGUGGAACCUUUGGUGCCAUCUAUAUUUUUGUGCUGUUGUCCAUUGGCUUUCUUUGCUCUGCUGUAUGGGGCUGGCUCAACGCUUGUGGAUUAGACAUUGUCAUUUGGAAUGUGCUUUUAUUUCUGAUCUGCUUGUUUCAGCUAGCACAUUUAAUUUACCAACUCCGUAAAGACACUUUUUCUGAGGAAUUUGAUCUCCUGUAUAAACAAAUUUGCCAGCCUUUGCAAGUGCCUCUUCAAACUUAUAAAGAAAUAAUCAAGUGCUGUGAUGAACAGGUCUUGCCUUUGGCCAAAGAUCAAACCUAUGCUGUGGAGGGCAAGACAUCCAUUGACCGUUUGUCCUUCUUGCUAUCUGGCAGGGUUAAAGUAAGUCAAGAUGGACAGUUUUUACAUUAUGUUUUCCCUUAUCAAUUCUUGGACUCCCCAGAGUGGGAAUCAUUACGGCCUUCUGAAGAGGGAACAUUUCAGGCAACUUUGACAGCAGAGAUUGACUCCUAUUUUAUCACUUGGCAAAGGGAAAAGCUCUAUUUGCUUCUGGCUAAGGAGCACUAUAUUGCCCGUCUCUUCUCUGUCCUCCUUGGCUAUGACAUCUCAGAAAAGCUCUAUGCCUUGAAUGAAAAGCUUUUUGCUAAGUUUGGCCUUCAGUUUGACAUCCGCUUACCCAGCCUCUAUCAUGUCUUAGGACCUGCUUCAGACACAGAGGUGGAAAAGGCAGAGUAUGAAGAGCCAGUGAUGCCUGUAGGUGAUUCACCUGCAGUUGGCCAAACAGCUCCUGUGGUUCCUUGCACUGUGUCUCAUUCUACGCAUCCUAGGAAAUCUCGGCCUGACAGUGACCUGUCUGCUUUGGGAAACCACCUGAGGACUAAUCAUCCUGCCCUUGCAAAAGGACAAGCCCCUCUGGCUCCAACUCAGACCCCAGAACUCUAGAGAAGAGCUAUUGGGAAU